AUGGCGGUGCCUGCUCCAUCAUCACCUCUCUGUCUCCGUCAUGUUCACACAAACAACCGCAUCUUCCGUCACCAAACCUCAUUCCGCACUCCCUCCCGUAACAAUAAACUACCUCUAACCAUAGUCGCUAUGGCUCCCAAAAACAAGGUGAACAAGUACAACGAUAACUGGAAGAAAGAAUGGUUCGGAGCGGGGAUAUUCUACGAGGGAAGCGAAGAGGUUGAAGUUGACGUAUUCAAGAAAAUCGAGAAGAGGAAAGUUUUGAGCAACGUGGAGAAAGCAGGCUUGUUAUCCAAAGCUGAGGAGUUAGGCGUAACGCUAUCUUCUAUUGAGAAGUUAGGUUUGUUUUCUAAGGCGGAAGAGCUUGGUUUGCUCAGUUUAUUGGAGAAACUCGCCACUGUUUCUCCUUCUGUUUUGGCUUCUCUGUCGCUUCCUACGCUUGUUGCGGCUGUUGCCACGGUUGUUCUGAUUCCGGAUGAUUCUACUGGUCUGGUUGUCGUUCAGGCCGUCGUGGCGGCGGUUCUUGGUGUCGGCGCGGUGGGGUUGUUCGCCGGGUCGGUUGUACUUGGUGGGUUGCAAGAGGCUGAUUGA